UUUUCAAGCUGUACAUAAGCUGCACGCAUUACAUAAAAUAUAAUAGCAUGUAAACUAUUUACAGUAACCUAUUUUAAAUACUUUUUUCGUUAAUGAAAAUAAGUACUAGCAUAGCGUACUUGUUAAAAAGGAAUUAAUUUAUAAUUAUGUGGCGAUGAAAUUUUGUACAAAUAUCAUUACAAAGUUCUAAUUGAGUUUCUAUAUCGGAUAACGAUAAAAUGGAAUUAGAAUUGCGAAAUGCACUAACAAAGAAGAAAAAGAAGAAACGAUAUAACGAUGAAACGAACUCGCAGUCGUUCAUGAUUAAUACUAACAAAUCUCAAUUAAAAAAUAGCGAUAGCGAUAAUUCGUCCGAAAAUUCUAUUUCUGUUAAUAAAACGACCGCCAAAGAAGGCAUGCAAAAGUCUUUCGAGGUAUUUGAUAGAAAUAAAAUGAAGAAAUUUGGUAAUAAAAAUUCAACGAAUUUGGAGGAAUUUGAAACGAAAUCAGUGAAUGUUUUCGUUGAUAUUCAUCGAGAAUAUAAAGCGGAAAAAUGUCAUGCUGAAAGCAUCGAGAAAAAUGAAACGGCAGAUGAAAAGGCAAAGGCUAUAGGUUUAAAGGAGCCUGAAAGCUUUAAAAUAUUUUCGAGAACAAAUACUUUUCAUGAGAAAAAAGACGAACGAUCGUAUAUUAAUCCGGUCAAGUAUCGAGGUCUUAAAGAAGAAGACGAUGAUAUAGAGGUCGUGGAGUCGAUAGAUUUAAUAGAGGAAUUUCAGGAAUCCUCAAUGGACAAACUAGAUGAGAAAAGAUUCGGAACAAGAAAAAGUAAAUCGACUAAGAAACAUGCUGAUCAAUUUUUUGUCGAAGAAAAAUUCCAUAGCAGAAGACAAUGGGGCGCGCGGGAAAGUGAACCGGAAGUACCAAAAAAGUCGUCCCGGAAACGUUGGUCGAAAGAUACUUCCGUGUUUCGAUUACCAGAUGGAAAAGGCAACUCUUGGACGACAUCGUCGACGGAGAAUGUAUUUCCAUCGGUUCAAGAUUUGGAUGAAUCAAAACAAAAGUCACUCUCCGGCUUCGACAAUGCAGCGUUCGUUUCGGACAACGAAGAGAUUCUCCGAAUUGAGACUGAUCACGAGAACGCGAGAAUCGUAAUGAAAGAAGUCGUUAACGCAUCGAGAAAAUCGGAUCUCUCGCUAGUCGAAAGGAACAUUCCUAAAGAGACGGCUAUCACGAUAGAAAAUUUGGACGUAUCGAAAGAUUUAACUGUCAAACACUUCGAAAGUCGAAACAGAAAUACGGUGCUGGAUGUUGAAAGUAUCGACGACACGCCUCCUAAAAACAAGAAUAGGCAUUCUAACGGAAACGACAAAAGGUAUUCGGACGAUUCGAAUACUUUGCAUAGUUUAGAAAAUGUUACCGUGCAGUCGGAUCAUCGUUCCUCCGAGGAAGUGUUGAUAAAAGAUGAUCGUCGUCAGUCGAUUAAGAAAAUAAAACGAACUCGUAAAAAGCAUUCCGUCGAUGAUGAAAUUCCUUCCAGUCGACAUACCACGUCUACGACCGAGGAUGAUGACCUGAACGAGAAUCGUUCGAGAGAAUCGAUCGACGAGGACAAAUCGAAAAGUUCUGUAGUAAAAAGAAGGAAAUCAACGCAUACGGAAUAUCGGUAUCGGUCGCAAAGCGGAAGGGACAAAAAGAAAAGCCAUCGUAAGAAUGUUUCCGAUUCUUCCGUGCGUAGCUCGUGCCUUAACACCGAGGCGGACUCGAAGAAGAAGAAAAAGAAAAAAAAGGACACGAAGUAUAUUCUCGUGAUUGUUCACAGAGUGAACACGUUAGAGAUCGACUAUAUAACGAGACACCCGAUGGUAAAAGUUCAUAUCGUGAAAACGGAAACUGGAGAGUAUUUGAAAAGCGAAUCUAGCAAGAGAGCCUAUUUGCAACCAGUAAUAACAGGGAAAUUUGACUUUAAAGAAAACAGAUCCAUAGUGCCUGUAUGGGAAGAAGAAUUAGUGUUCGAACACAAUUUCGAGACGCUGUUGAACACCGAUGGCGAGCAAAUCGUAAUCCUUUUCGAGAUCGUCGAUCUGUUGAGUUUCGCCGAGGCCAGUUUCAACUAUGACAAAUUCGGUGCCGAAGGUUGUUGGCAUAAGAUUGCAUGGGCUUUUCUGCGACCCGUGGGAAGGAAUAAUGUCUUUCACGUCAACAAAAUGGUCAGAUUACAAUUGUACAAACCACGGAAAAACGUGAGAAAACUUGAAGGAUUUUGUACGUGCGAAGCGUACACGUGGUGGAAGUCAGGCUUCAGAGAAAAGUAUCCUAGCAGUUUAUUUGUUACCAUGACGUCCAUCGAACCGCCUAAGUUAGAACCUGUUUUCUAUCAGCAAUUAUCAUUACACGAUCUAUCCGAUGUACGUAGCGAAUCACAAAAGGCUUCGACCCAUACUUCAGAUUCCAUAGACUUGCCGAAGUGGACGCGAUUGGCUGCGCAGUCAUGCAAAGUACCGAACGAAAGUAUUUUCGAGACGGACGUUAGUGAAAACGGAUGCUUCUUCGUUGCUUUCAGUAAUGAUGGCAAAUAUUUGGCUUGCAGUCAUUCCGAGGAACACGACUACCCUAUCGUUGUUUACGAGGUUAUCGCGAAGAAGGUUUACGUCCGAUUUUCGGGACACAAGACAUUUGUUUAUUCGCUUCAUUGGUCCAACAACGAUAAGUAUUUGCUUUCUGUUUCAUCCGAUCAGACUGCACGUAUUUGGGACGUCCGGAAUCAGAUCAUACAGCAUGUGGAAAUGAUGCCGCAUCCAUCGUACGUGUAUUGUAGCAAAUUUGGCCCUGAGAACUCUUCGAUCGUAGCGACUGGAUGUUACGAUCGGAUAGCGCGCAUUUGGACGCGAAACAAGAAGUCGAAGAACCGUGAUCUCAGUCAAGAAUUAGAAGGCCACGAAGGCUUCAUAAAUUCAAUGUGCUUUCAAACGAAUAGUAAUUUAUUAACUGCGGAUAGCAUUGGCACGAUAAUUCUAUGGACGGUCAAGAGAAAUCGUAGUGUGCCGUCCAAAAGGGAAUGGCAUAUAUCACGAAAGAUAAGGGUCAGAGAAAUUGAUGGCGUAAUAAUCAACACGAUCGUUUUGCACCCUUUAGAGUCUAGGCUCCUUGUGCACUCGAGGAAUAAUGGAUUGAGAAUGCUGGACCUUGCAACUGGCGUAGUAUUGCAAAAAUACAACGAGCUAAACAAUCAACGGAUACAAUGUACAGCCUGCAUCUCCCCGUGUGGCGGCCUAAUACUUUGCGGAGGCGAGGACUCCACUUUGAACGUGUGGAAUUUGGAGAGUGGCAAUCUUCUCGCGAGAUACACACUCGACCGGAGUUUUCGUGCUGUGACCUGCGUGGAUUAUCAUCCGUACGAUCAUGUGCUGGCCUUCUCGACUUUCGGCAGAUCGGCGCCAGUAAGAGUUCUGAAAUUCAACAAAGACGCAACCGGCGAAGACGUCGGAUUAAAAAUGACGGAAGAUAUUAGAAAUAAAUUGAACAACGACGUUUCAGCGAGAUUUUUUAACGCUUCGGUAACACCUAGGGAGAGAUCGCGAUCGAACAGUAGUAUACGAACACCGGAAGAAAUUUUAAAAGAGAGAAGCUCGCAACGUAGUCGAAAUCGCAAGUUUCAUUUUGUCGAAUCUCCUAGCGGCGUCCUGACAGAGAACAAUGAUAAGCACACCGAUGCGAAACUAAGGCUACUGCGAUUAAACGAAACCGAACGAGCGUUGAAGAGCCAAAGUGCAAACCGAUUGUACAACAUCAUCGAGAAGAUCGAUCGAAUACUAUCGAACACGUCGAGAUCCUCGGGCGAUGUAGAGUCUGGCAGGAACUAUCCUCAUGAAACAAGCAAGAGUAGAGUUUUAACGAAUCGGAACGAGAAUACGGAGAAGGGUAAAACAAAGAUAGGAAGAAAGAAAUCGUUAGAGUAUUGUAGCACCGAUGAUCGUUCAAAUUCGUAUUUCGAUUCGAGUACAGGGAACAGCGUCGAACGCGAAGUCGAGGAAUUGAAAAUGCUACGAAAUACGAAAGCAAGUGACUUCCAUACGAAAAUGAGAUCGAAGAGCGCAAAGGAGAAAAGGAGCAACGAUAUGCACGAUGACGUGGCGAAGACUUUUUCCGACAGUGCAGCUAAUUAUCGAAAGUCCAAAAUUUACGAUGAAAUCGUAGGAAUUAGAAAGCCGGAAAAUAUCGAAACCAAUUUUAUUCGUCCGGCGAAAGAAAAUAAUUCGAAGCAAACAAAUUACCGCGGGAAAAGUUCUUUCAACAAUAAUGGUACCUCGAAUUCAUCUGGAAGUGCUGAAACUUAUAUUGUGGAGAAGAGCAACAGCGAUGAAGAUUCGAUGAAAUUACUGAGAAACGAAAAUUUGAUUCAGAGCGAUACAGAAAACGAUACAAACUUUAUAAAAGAUUACGAAAGUGGAAGUUCAGUACAUAGCAAUGCGACAUUUACCAUCGAAAAUGAAAUUCCUGUUCCGAUGCCUAGACGAAAAAAAUCCAGUCUGACGUAA